AUGCAAACUUCUAUUCCCUACAAUCCCAAAACGACCGCCCUGCUGGUCAUAGAUAUGCAAGAAUAUUUUCGUAGCGAAGCAAACGAUAUUGUUUCAAAUAUAAAGUUGGUUGUUAAAAUUUGUCAUGAAAAAGAUAUUCCCGUUUUCUGGACUCAGCAUGGCCAUCGGAAUCCUGAACUAGAUGGAGGUGCACUGGGAAGAUGGUGGGGAGAUAGGAUGAUCAAAUGGGGAUCCGAAGAAUGGAAAAUUAUGAAAGAAUUACAACCAUUAGUUUUGAGAUCCUCAACUUCGCUUGAUAAUCUCGACUUUGUCAUCAAAAGCAAGACGCGAUAUGAUGCUUUCUACAAAACCGAGCUUAAUUCGUUACUUACCUCAAUUGGCAUAAGGACACUUAUUAUCUCAGGAGUCAAGACUAAUUUAUGUUGCGAGACAACAGCAAGAA